UCGAAGUCCUCGAUGAAAUAUUCAAAUACGUCGACGACGGAUCCUCAUUAUUCUCAUGCUUGUUGGUCAAUCGUACCUGGUGUCGACUCAUAAUUCCAUUUCUCUGGUCUCGUCCCUUCAGAUUUUUCCGAUAUUCUGCACAGGAUAUCGCAUUAGUAAAAACUCUCUUAUCCUGUUUAAAUACAUACCAAAAGCAAACACUUGUUAAUAAAACUGGAAUAACCAUCAAUUCCAGAGAAUCAAAAGACAAGUCAACCUUCUCAAAGAAACGCGUUCUUUUCGAUUAUCCUAAACAUAUCACUGAGCUCGACUUUAAGAAAUUGAGCUUAAUAGUGAGAUUAUGGUACUCAACGAUCAAUCCUGAGAACAUGAAAAGCUUCCGAAACUAUAAAGGUGUCGUAAUUGUCCGAGAACUAUUACGAAUGAUAAUGUUACGCUCUAAAGGAAUCAAAAUUUUCAAUAUUGAAAAAUCUCAUGAUACCAUUGAUAUUCUGGACGUGACAAGAUUUAAAGGUGCACGCCAUGUUUUACCACAUAUUGAGACAUUCGUGAUGUGUCAAUAUUCCACGCGUUAUCGCGAACAAGAAAAGAAUAACAUCUCCCAAAUGUUCAAUAGUAUGUCGCAACUUUGUAAAAAGAUUAGCUUUUUAAAUGUGAAAAUUGAUGGCUUCUCUUAUGGUAUGGAACAAGAGUUGCUUAAUCUCAUCACGGUGCAAGAUGGAAUAAAGCGCGUGAUUAUUGAAGCUUGGUCUGCUAAUUCAAGGCCAUUUGUUCUUGCAUUACAUGCCCAGGCUCAUUCGCUGCGACGAUUAGAAUUCAAGUGGAGUUAUUUAAGCUUGGAAUCAAUCGAAGCAAUUAAAUAUUUGCAUCAUUUGGAUACAUUGGUGUUUAUCGAAUGCAAAUUAAGAACUGAAAUCUGGACACCAUUAAUAGACUCCACAAUGAAAUUAAGGAAGCUCUAUUUCAUGAACGAAGAAAAUUACGAUUCACAAUGGAACUUCGACUGCACACCAAUCAUUCGAUUCGCCAAUUUGAAUCUGACGGAUCUCGUUAUCGUCAUGCAAGAUAGCCCGCCCGCAGUAUUCGAAACCAUUGCAGAAUAUUGCCCGAAUCUAGUUUCUUUUGGAAUCCGGAUUGAGCUAGGCACCAUAGAUUACAUCCCAAUAUUGCUGUCACGAUGUACGAAACUCGAGAAAUUAAGUGUACGAUUCCAACGUACUUCCACAUGUGAUACCGAACCAGUACUACUCGCAUUAGCUGACUCGAUUCAACCUCCCUUGAAGAUGCUGAGUAUCAAUUUCCAUGUUUCGGCUGAAGCUUUACGUUUCUUCUUCCAGAAAUGUCGAGCGCCGCUUGAGCAAUUUGGAAUGGUCGAGACUUUGGAUCUGACAAAUGAGCAUCUGAAAGUACUCAUCGAGCAUGCGAAACGAGACAGACGGUUCAGACGGAUCGGGUUUGGUGUGCAAUAUUAUUGUGCCUUGGAGGAAAUUUUCGAUUCUCGAUUGUUGGAGGAGGCCAAAAAGCAUUUGUUGAUUGUGAAAAAAAAUCUUUGGUUUGAUAUGUAUGGUGAAUAUUCGGAUGCGGUGUUUUGA